CCUUCUCGGAGAGCUCCAGUGCGGCAGGAAAACCGCACCACGGCACCAAGACAGAGUAGAGGCGAGAAUGCCGUUUACACAGAGGUUACACAGACAAGAAUAAAUGGACAUGAGAAGGAGAAGCCGUCUGCUUCCAAAGAGCCCAGAUAAUGGAAAUAUUUCAGUUUCCAUUCCAGCCGAAGAGCAGUUUUUUUCUCUGAAAUCCAAGGAAACCUUCCCAGCUUGGUCUGACGAAGCCCACUUCCACUGGUAGACAGCAGUAUGGAUGAAAAACGCCAAGACUAGCCCUCAUUGUGCCAACGAGACUGAAUAAGACGAGAAAACAGCCGCCAAUUUAGCUUUUUAUGACUGAAAGAACCAGUGAAUAGUCUGUGGAGGGACGCCGCAUUUCAUCAUUUUACAGCUGGUUAUUAUUUUCCAAGAAAUUCCGGUAGUGGGAUGCUUUGGCGUUGUGUUGCUUCAUAGUGUGAACGAAUACAAUUGAGCGAGAAAUAUGGGUGAAGUUCAGGACGUCAGGGAUGUUAAGAAGACCUUCGUUGCUCCAGCAAUAAAAUCUUUUGAGCACUAUGACUUCUCCCGAGCCAAAAUCUGUUGCAGCCUCACAUGGCUGGUAGCCAAAGCAUACGGGACAGACAGCAUCCCGGCAGACUUAAAGGACCCCUUCUACACGGAUCAGUAUGAGCAGGAGCACCUGAAGCCUCCCGUGGCCAGCCUCCUGCUGUCUGCAGACCUCUACGGCCGGGCCGGCAGCCUCAUCCUGAAAAGCGACGCUGCCAAACCCCUGCUGGGCCACGAUGCCGUCAUUCAGGCGCUGGCUCAGCGUGGGCUCUACGUCACCGACCAGGAGAGACUGGUCACUGAGAGGGACCUUCGGAAGAGGCCUCUGCAAAUGAGCGCCCACCUGGCAAUGAUCGACACUCUGAUGAUGGCGUACACAGUGGAGACGGUGAGCGUUGAGAAGGUGAUGGCCUGCAUUCGUCAGUAUUCGUCAUACGACCCUGAGGUGGAAACACCUUAUGACACAGAGGACGCAGUCACCACUUGGAUCAACAAGAUAAAUGAGUAUCUGAAAGACGUCUUGGCUCAGGAGCAGAAGAAGAGGGAGACACACAGCGCCGAGCCUGCUGGGAGUCCUCGGUCUCCAACCAAGUGGUACAUGAAGCUUGUGCCUGCUCGCUACAGGAAGGAGCAGGCCUCCACUCAGCUGGUUCCCUGGAUCCCUCCAGUGGACAACCUGCUGAAAGACAGCACAGAUGGCUCGGCUCUGGGUGCUCUGCUGCACUUCUACUGCCCUCAGCUGCUGCCGUUGGACGAUGUGUGUCUGAAGGAGAACAUGACGCUGGCUGAUCGGCUGUACAACCUGCAGCUCAUACAGGACUUCUGCAAAGACAACCUGAACAGCUGCUGCCACUUCAGCCUGGAGGACAUGCUGUACGCCUCCUCCACCAUCAAGAAUAACUACCUGGUGUUCAUGGCAGAGCUGUUCGGGUGGUUUGAGGUGGACAAGCCGUCUUUUGUGAAACCAAAAAUGCUGAACAACGAAGGCACAGACUCGUCAUCCUUGUUGAAGAAUAUUCCAGCCAUCCCUAUCUCCAAGGCAACCAAGAGGAGCUUCAUGGAAAGACCCCCAAGUCCUGAAAGACCCAGCUUGCCCCUUCGACCACAGCCUCGAAACUCAGGAGAGAUCAAGAGGUCAACUUCAAUGUCCUUUGUCGAUGGCAACCUCGGCACCUGGCCCAAAGAAAAAAGGUCUGGGCCUUAUGGAGUGUCUUUUGACAUCCCUUUUGACAAAGAGGACUCUACUUCUGCCAGUUUUUCCUCCAUGCGAGGCAUGGUGAGGUCCAUCAGCACUGAUGAUGGUUCUGGCUUCAAGGUCCACCAUCUGCCCCGUGGAAUGAAACGCAAUCUGUCCUUCCAGCCAGUCAACGGUCAGAGUGUUGGGAUUGAGGAGGAGGGCUGCCCAGACAGCCUGGCUGGAAUAGAGCCCAGCAGGAGAACGUACCCCAACGGACAUGGGAGCGCCAUGGCAACAACUCCCUCCAUCGAGGAAGCACUUCAGAUCAUCCACAGCCCAAAUAGGCCUCCAGUGGAGGGCAACAAUAAUGGUUUCUUCCUGCACACUCAGGACCAAGGGGCUGCUGCUGCUGGAGUCCUGGAGCCAGUGUCAGAGUUGGACUCCAAAGGGAGUACCACAGACACCACCGAGGUGGACACCGGCAUCCAUAUCCGAACAGAAGACAUGCUGGAUGAGGAUUCCUCUCUGAAAGACUGCUCUGUGAAUAUGGAGCUGGACAUGGACACGCCCAGUCCCUGCCCGAGCAGCCAGAGCAAGUCCCCCUCAGGGUUUAAGAUGACCAGCUUUGCUGAACAGAAGAAGAGAAAGGGUCCAUCAUUGCCAGACUCAGGAAGGUGCAGCAGCAGCUCCCUUAAGACCACUCCUGAGGGUUCUGAGUUUGGCCUCCCAUUAUCCGUCUCCUGGGCCCCGACCCCUGAACACAGCCCCAUCCGUCAUCAAACCACUCCACCCCUCACUGCUCAAGCAUCACCCACACCUGUACAACUCCCAGCUAAUGACCCCGCUCAGGUCAUGGCUACGGAGAUGGUCCAGCUAAGGAUGAGGCUGGAGGAGAAACGUAAAGCCAUCGAAGCACAGAAGAAGAAGGUGGAGGCUGCUUUUACAAGGCACCGUCAAAAGAUGGGCCACUCAGCGUUUCUCAAUGUGGUAAAGAGAAAAGGAGACGGAGCAGAAGGAGGGAAGGUUGAGGGAGAGGGCAAGGCAAGUCCCACCUUUAAAUUUGGGAGGAGCAAGGCAGACACACCUGAUGGGGCAGAGCAAAGCAGCACAGCCUCCUGCUGGACCAAGUCGCCUGGUGCAGGAGAGGAAAGUGGUCAAGGCCACGCUCAGCUAACCGAGGUAGAUCUCACAGAGUAUACACGUUCCAUUGAGAAGCUCAACCAUUCGCUAGCGUUCCUUCAGACUGAGAUGCAGCGACUGGCUCAACAGCAGGAAGUGAUCAUGGCCAUGAGGGAGCAGCAGCAUCAGCAGGCGUGGGUAAUCCCUGCCCCGCAUACCAACCCAUCACCACAAAAACAGAGUCGAGCUGUCAUUCGAUCCUCAGGACCCUCUUCUCCUGCUGAUUCCCCUCGUUCCACCCACCGCUCUCCAACCAGCAUCAAACGCAAAUCUGCCUCCUUCCACUCACGUAACCCUCGCACUGCACGACCCAGUGAGCUAAAGCUGGCCCCUUACAACCGAGUCCUCACUGCCCCGCAAUCUGUCGACAGCAUUCCCCGGCUACGGCGAUUUUCUCCCUGCCAGCCCUUGGCAAGUUCCUUCGUUUACAUGGGGGACCAACCAGCAACCGCCAAUCCAGAGACAGUAGCCGCUGAUGGAGACAAGAACAAGGAGACAGAGUCACUCCUUUCCCCAGAGAGGGAGAUUGCCAGUAUAUGUGUAGCCCAUUCUCCACCCAGCUCCCCCAACCUGAAGAACAAAAGCGAACAAACUGAAGCAGAUUCAGUUCAAGAGCCAGUUUCAAAUCUAAAACCUACCAUAGAAACAUCCUUCCCUGAGGUUCUGGCCCACCCUGUGGUAGAGACCUUCACGGUGUCACCGACAGAUAUUCCUCCCCAGCCAGAAGCUUCAGGUGAAGUCAAGAGCGCCUUGAUUGAGGUUCCUCUGUCAGUCGUGAAGCCGCUGGAGGAUCUGACACUUGAUGAUGAUUUGGAGAUGCAACAGGGUGAUGAGGAAGACCCUGAUCAUGAACAGAAGAUCUGUCGCGGUUUCUUCUUUAAGGCGGACGGAAAGGCAGAGGAGAACAUGGCUCAGAAGAGGGCUGCGCUCUUGGAGAAAAGGAUGAGGAGGGAGAAGGAGAGCCAGCAGAAGAAGAUGCAGCAGGAGGCUGAGUUGGAGCACAAAAAGGAGGAAGCUCGACUGAAAGCGGAGGAGGAGCGCAUCAGGAAGGAGGAAGACAAGGCCAGGAGGGAGUUCAUCAAGCAGGAAUAUCUCAGGAGGAAACAGCUGAAACUGAUGGAGGACAUGGACACCGUCAUUAAACCACGACCAGCUGGUGGGGCCAAGCAGAGGCGGGGGCGCCCCAAGUCCAUCCAUCGGGACAGCAUAGACUCCCCCAAAACCCCCGUCAGAGCUGCUGCAGGUUCACGCCAACGUGUCUUUUCAGUCUCCAGCUUGUCCCUCGCUUCCCUCAACCUGGGAGACGGCGACAGUGUUCACUCUGAGAAGAGAACGCCAAGGCCAGACUCUGCAGAUGGCUUUCUGUCCCCGAGCCGCUCCAGCAGCAGGAAUGGAGAAAAGGACUGGGAGAACGGAUCCACAACCUCCUCUGUUACAUCUAACACAGAGUACACUGGCCCGAAACUAUACAGGGAGCCCAGUGCCAAAUCUAACAAGCACAUUAUCCAGAACGCUCUGGCCCACUGCUGCCUCGCAGGCAAGGUUAAUGAGGGGCAGAAGAACAAGAUCCUGGAGGAAAUGGAGAAAUCAGAGGCAAACAACUUCUUGGUUUUGUUCCGAGAUGCCGGCUGCCAGUUCCGCUCUCUUUACACUUACUGCCCCGAGAUGGAAGAGAUCAACAAGCUGACGGGCAUCGGCCCCAAGAGCAUCACACGCAAGAUGAUUGACGGCCUCUACAAGUACAACUCAGACAAGAAGCAGUUCAGUCAGAUACCAGCCAAGACCAUGUCGGCCAGCGUGGACGCAGUGACCAUCCACAGCCACCUCUGGCAAACCAAGAAGCCAGCUACCCCUAAAAAAGUAGUGCCUGCCCAGUCCUAAUGGAACUCGAUCCCCCAAACAUCGGCAUUCCCCUCCAAUGGAACAAACCCAUUUCAAUUUGCACUUCACUGUACAUAUCCAUGAAGAUUCAAGCACCUGCAAUGCCAGUUAGAUGAAUGCAUAUUUGUCUUAUUCAUGUUUGUUCGUCUUUUCCUCUCAUUGCAUUCCUGUCCUUGUUUUUCCUACUUACUCUGGACUGGACAUGAUAGGACUCAAAGAUUAUGAACAACUGGAAUGUAUGCCACUGUUGAGUAUUGAUGUAAAUGCUUAUCACUUCUGUGUUUUUAGAGAUUGUCAUGUUUGAGUCAAAUUAUGAAGGCAUGUGUGAGUGUUGUUUUUGUUUCCUAUGUGCCAAACGUCAAAAAAGAGACAGUAUGAAUGCCAGGACAUUUUACUGAAGCACUGAAUGUUUUUAAUUCAUGUACAGAUUGAUUUUUGUUUGCAAUACCAUGUUGAUGUGUGGCCUUAUGCGCGUUUUGUUUAAGCGUGUGAGAGCAAUGAGGUGAUUGUAAAACAGCGUAUACAGAGGCUUUUUUUUGUAUUUGGAAGAACACAUUUUUCUUCAUCUCUGUGGGUAAAACAGUUUGUAUAUUAAGGUACGUAAAACUACAAAGGGCCAAAAAACAAAUUGCAUACAGCUAGUAUCAGCCACACAGUUCAUGUGUGUUCAGCUCAACAAAGCCAAGCGGUUUCAGCUUUUUCAGAACCCUUUUUCGAGAAAGUGAUUUUAAAGAAUGCAGGACGUUACUGUAGAUCACUGGUUCUCAACCUGUGGGUCGGGACACCUGCAGACGAUUUUGAGCUAUAAUGUAAUUAAUAUUUAUAAUAUACAAAUAUGCUGUCAUGUUUGUAAUUGUUGUGUUAAAUUCCCUUCUUGUCAUAAUAUACAGAAGUAGAUGCAACCUCAAGAAAUACCCACAAGAGGUAAAACUGACGGAUAGUGGAAAUAAAACUCAUCCCUAAGUUAACUAUCUGGUUUGUUUUCCCUUGUUGAGGCGUUCCUUCAGCAAUAGAGGUUGAGAACCAGUGUUGAUCACUCUGCUGCUGGUUCACAGCAACAUUUGUGCACAAAAAACAGUGUUAUUUAUAAUUUUAAAUGCUGCCUACUGCACAACUUAGUAUCUUUGCAGUAAAUGAAUAUAAUCUCUCACACAGUGGUAUCAGGAAUAUGACUAAAUUCCAAGACAUAAUGACACCUAAGAAGUAUUUAUCUUCAUAUUAAUAUCAGGGUUUAAAAACAAAUUGUUGUACUAAUACUUUCUUGACAGUAUUCAAUUUCACACUUAUGGAGGACGAAGGCUAGGAUUAUAUAAAUGACUUUAAAAAUAAACAAAUAUGCCAUGAAAUGUACCAAAAUGAGUAUUUAAAAAAUGUAGACAUUACUAAUUGAUCAAAUUGAUUUGUCUCUUUUUUAUUUACCUUUGUAUUAAUUCCCAUAUUUAUUUGAAUUCAUAUUUAAUGUUCUCUUUAUUUCUGAAAUAGUUUUAUUUAUUUAUUUAAUUGUCACUUUGAAUGACAGCAUUUGCAUAAUAAAACACACAUUUAUUAAGAAAUGAUAAAAAAUAAAGAUGUUUUGGGAGAAAAAAUAUGCCCAAAAUGAAGAGGAAAAAAUAACUAAACAAGAAUUAUAAAUUCUGAAAAAAAAAUAGGGGAAUUAAUAUACAAGUAAAAGAAGAAAAUUUAAUAGAAAGUUUAAUUUAUGGCACCUUUUAUCAAUGAUUAUUUUUAAUAUUAUUGGUAUUUAAUGGCAUAGCAAUAGUUGUUUUAGUCAUUUAUUUAUUUACAAAUUCAUGAUUUUGCAGCUUCAGUCCUCCUUACACACUGGGCUUGCUUAUCUUAGAAAGUCUGCACGUUCAGUGCUCAAAGCAUUACAAAAGCAUCCCCCAAACACCAAAUGUAGUAAACUUAGUGCAUAUACAAAGUUUAGAUUGCUAAUUGGUAACAAACAAAUUGCUAUAGUACUUUAAAAAGACAGCCUGAUUCAAUAAAAUGGCCACGUUGUUACUAUAGUUGUGUCAUUUUCAACACGCCUGUACAUUUGUUGCUCUUGCAUAACACAAUUGUGUGUUGAUUAUGUGCAGAGUGUGUAUAAGCAACAUAUUUGUCUGGUCCCUAUAGAUGCCACAUGUCCUAUAUAGGCCAGAAAUUGACUAAUUCUGUUAUUUUAUUUGUUUCCGUUAUUUCAUAUAGGACAUUGAAUUUCACAAACAAUGCAAGACAGAAUAGGGCAGAUCCUUGUUGCUGCAUACGGGUAGAGACUCUCCACAGAGUCUCAUUGGUGUCAGUAUCACGUUCAUUUAGUCACCGAAUGUUAAAUCAACACCAUUUGCAGGUAUAAGUUCCAACAAUAAUAAAUCUGCUUACAUGGUGCUUUGUUUUCAGCUGGGAGGGGGGUGUUUAUGACCAAAAGAGAGCAUGUACAUGUCUUUGAAAAUGUAAUCUAGUAUGACGGAGCGGUUCUCUGUUGUUUCUUGGAAGGAUUUGUCCUCAGAAGCUCUGUCCACCUGCUUAUGGCUGUUUAAGGCCAAGGAAAGGUAAAUGGUUAUCUAAACUGUAAUGAUAUUGUACAGUGUGUUCAUGUGAGCUCAUACCUAUUCAUUAUGAUGACUUUGUUUUGUUUGUCAGACGCUGUGCUGUCAUUCAACAUAUUGCUGAACAUGUAGUUUCAUAUUGUUUUUUUCUUUUUCUUUUUUGGCAUUCAAUAAAACUAAGCAUGGCCUCAG